GUAUCUCUUCAUCAAAUAAUUUUUUUCUUCAACGGGAUCUCCGAAGUUUUUUCGCUCGGCAUUUCAGUGUCUCGUCGUCUUACGUAUCGAUGAAAAAAUAAUUAUGAUGACUGUUUGUGAAUAACUUGGAGUGGAAGUGAUUGUUGUCGAAGUAGCAGAAUAAACUUUGCGAGAUGAGCGACAAGAAGACUCAAAAGGAUAUGGAGGCCACGAGUCAGAGCACGGACGAUUAUGUGAUUCACCUUCCACGUCCGCUUACUCUCGAAGAAAAAAAGUAUCUAUUGGCCGUGGAGAGAGGUGACCUGCCCAAUGUGAAGAAGCUUCUGCAACUUGCAAAUAAAAACAAGGAAAAACUACUGGAUAUGAAUUGUGUGGACAGUCUAGGUCGUGGUGCCUUGACGCUGGCUUUAGAAGCGGAAAAUUUAGAGAUGGUCGAGUUACUUGUGGUGAUGGGAGUACAGACCAAGGACGCCCUGCUCCAUGCCAUCGAUCAGGAGUUUGUGGAGGCGGUCGAGCUGCUAUUGGAACACGAAGAACUUCUUACGGCGAAUCAAACAACCAUGCAGAAUUUCGAGAUUAUACACAGCUGGCAGAAGGUUGAUCCAGCCUCGGCUAGAUAUCAGAUGGACAUGACACCUUUGAUACUCGCGGCGCAGCGUAAUAAUUAUGAAAUUUUGAAGCUUCUGCUGGACAGAGGAGCCACUUUGCCGAUGCCGCACGACGUGAGAUGCGGCUGCGAUGAUUGUCUUCAAGCAGCCACAGACGAUCCAUUAAGACUUUCAUCCACCAGGAUCUCUGAAUACAAAGCUCUGGCGAGCUCAAGUUUAAUAGCUUUAAGCUCUACGGAUCCUCUAAUGACAGCCUUCCAAUUGAGCUGGGAACUCAGAGAAUUGGCUGUGUCAGAACCGGAAAGUAGAGCCGAAUACUUGAAACUGCGACGUCAAGUGGAAAAAUUCGCGGUUGAUUUAUUGCAACACGUUCGAACUACCAUGGAACUGGAUACCAUCCUAAAUUAUGAUCCUAAGGAAGAGAAUAUCGAGCUUAGCAAACAACUGGCUCGGCUGGAACAGGCUAUAGAAUACAAGCAGAAAAGAUUCGUUUCGCAUUCUCACGUUCAACAACUCUUGGCAGCGAUCUGGUACGAAGGUGUUCCCGGAUUCCGAAGAAUGUCAACCAUAAAGAGAGUCGGUAUUCUUGCGAGGACGGCAGUUUUAUUCCCAUUCUAUUGUAUGAUGUACUAUCUGAUGCCCGAGUCAACAACUGGGCAGCUGGUGCGAAGACCUUUCAUGAAAUUCUUAGUUCACGCAUCGUCCUACUUAUUCUUCUUGUUUAUACUCAUGCUGGUGUCGCAGCGUGCGGAAGUGGAAAUCGUUAGACUUCUCGGCACUCAGGAAAUGAAGAGAAACCUCGAAGCUUAUUUAGCUCGGCAACGAGGGGCUGCUCCUACUCCUCUGGAAGGUAUCGUCGUGCUUUACGUCUUUGGCUUCGUAUGGGAAGAAAUAAGAGAGGUGUACGUAGACGGUCUACAGUCUUAUUUACGGGACAUGUGGAAUUUUAUCGACGCCACGAGGAACAUGCUCUACCUGGCGACCGGCGUUCUGAGAUUGGCGGCUUAUCUUCAGCAACGCGCCGAGAUACAGACGGAUCCAUCCGCCGCGCUGAUACCGCGAGAGAACUGGAGUGAUUUCGAUAUGCAACUGAUUGCGGAGGGUCUGUUCGCCGCGGCGAACGUCUUCAGUGCCUUGAAACUUGUCCAUCUUUUCAGCAUCAAUCCGCAUCUGGGGCCGCUUCAGAUAUCGUUGGGCAGAAUGGUGAUCGACAUCGUAAAGUUUUUUUUCAUCUACACCUUAGUGUUAUUCGCCUUUGCCUGCGGCUUGAACCAGUUACUGUGGUAUUUCGCAGAACUGGAGAGACAGAAAUGUUAUAGCGGAAUGUUGGAUCCCUCGUGGGACGCCGGCAGUGACGCCUGCUUAAGAUGGAGAAGAUUCAGUAAUUUGUUCGAAUCUUGUCAAAGUCUUUUCUGGGCCAGUUUUGGUAUGGUCGGCAUCGAAACUUUCGAACUUACUGGAAUUAAAUCGUACACUCGAUUCUGGGGCCUGUUGAUGUUCGGAUCAUAUUCUGUCAUCAACGUGAUUGUUUUGCUAAAUCUCCUGAUUGCUAUGAUGAGCAACAGCUAUGCUGUCAUCGAGGAACAUUCUGACACUGAGUGGAAAUUCGCGCGAACGAAAUUAUGGAUGAGUUAUUUCGAGGAUAGCGGAACUCUUCCGCCACCCUUCAACAUCUUUCCACCUCCGAAGUUGCUUUUUCGAUUAUUCGGUUUGCAGAAGAAAACCGUCAGUAAACGUAGCAGUCAACGUCGACGUGCACGCGAACACAAAUAUGGAGCUGUCAUGAAAGCUUUGAUAUGGCGUUACAUUGUAAACGCGCACAGCGAGCACGAGAUGGAACCUGUUAACGAAGACGAUAUUCACGAACUCAAGACUGAUCUGUCGUCCUGGAGAUGCGAACUCCUGGACAUUUUGCACAAAAACGGCAUGAACAUUGGCGAUGUCAAUAAAAAAGAAAAAGCUAUCUUGGGAAAGAAGAUGAAGGUCUGGGAGCGAAGGCUCAUGAAGGACUUCCAAGUAUCAGGUCCUGUGAAUGUAGCUGACUCCGAUCUUCAAGAAGAAAUAAGUCUUCAACAACGCGAUGACGAAAGCGCUGCCGAAAGAUGGAAGAGAGUCGCUAGAUUAGCUGUAUUAACUUCGGCUGAACAUCGUUUCAGUCAGGUCGUGAAGAACGCGGUUAAAAGCUCGCAAAUCGGCAAGAGCACCAGCAGGGCAUCGCUGCAGAAUCAGCAGAGCCUGAAGAGAGCAAUGGAGGAGGUUCAACGUCUGGCACAAAAAAGUCCACUGCCACCAACCAUCCCGGUCGAAUUACCAGAAACUACAGCUGCAACGAUACUGAAUGUCCUACACGACAUCGUCGAUACUGAUGAUGAUGCUAAAUCUCCGGAAAUCGGGACUCCGAAAAAGAAAAGCGCCGAACCAUCAAUUAGACAUGAAAUCGAUUCUCAACGAUUUGAAUCCAUUCUUCAGCCUAAAUCUACGUCCUCGGUUGAUUUUGUCAACGAGACGACUACGAAUAAAGUUGCACCGUUGCUACCACUUCGCACAUCUCCACCACGAGUAAUCAAAAGGAAAGCACCUAAAUCACCAAUAAUUGGAAAACCAUCAACUUCUACUCAAUUUACUGCUUCGACUGUUCCCAUAUUAUCUACAACUACUAUCACUGGUUCAACUACUGCAACUACGACUACAACUGCUAUUACUGCCAAAUCCAACACAAUCACUUCUGCUAUUUCUACAUCUGCAAAAUCCACUACUACUGUUACAAAAACUACUCCUAGUCCUUCUAGAGAAAAUCAAAGCAAGCCAACAGCGACUACUGUUCCUCCCUUCAUUAAAGAUGGAAGCAGUUCGAUCAGGGCACGGCCAAAAGCUUUGCAUAGUCCUAAACUUUCGAUUAUUCCGUCGUUGACGGUUGCCUCAGAUAGUAACAAAGACAAUGAUCGAGAAAAACUCGUAUCCAUUACAUCGGGUAGUAAAUCUUCGAGAGGAGGAUGGCUUUAAAUCUAAAGCAAAGGAUUAUAUUAAUCGAAUAAGCGCAAUGACAAAAUUGAUAAAAUUCUAUUACAUAAUUCAUGACGGAAAUAUUUUAUAUA